UAGCACGAGCUGAAUCUUUCAACCGUUACACAUGACGCUCGGCUGUUGUGGGCGACACUCCUCUUGCAGCUGGCUGAGCGACACGCCUCCCGCAGCCUCAUGCAACAGCGACCCUAAGCAGCGCACCGUUUUUAACGGUUUCUUUCUUUCAUGCGACCGAAGAAGACCCAUUUAACGGGAGAUUUCGACGAUGAGUAGCUUCAUGAAUAUGGCCUGUAUUGGAGACUUUGACCCAUUCACCGCUGCCAUUCCCGCCACCAGAGUUGAGCUCACGGUGUCGUGUAGAAAUCUCCUGGACAGAGACACAUUCUCUAAAUCAGACCCAAUUUGUGUGCUGUAUACACAAGGAAUCGCCAACAGGGAAUGGAGAGAGUUUAGUCGGACAGAGAUGAUAAACAACACCCUGAAUCCAGACUUUGUCCGAAAAUUCAUCCUGGACUAUUUCUUUGAAGAGAGACAGAAUCUACGAUUUGACCUGUACGACCUCGACUCGAAGAGCGACAACCUGUCUAAACAUGACUUCCUGGGCCAGGCAUUCUGUACCCUGGGGGAGGUGGUGGGCUCCAUGGGAAGCUGCGUGGAAAAACCUCUCAUUGGGAUUCCGGGGAAGAAGUGUGGUACCAUCAAAGUCAGAGCAGAGGAGCUGAGCAAUUGCAGGGAGUCAGUGAUGCUGCAGUUCUGUGGGAACAAGUUGGACAAGAAAGACUUCUUUGGGAAAUCGGAUCCUUUUCUGGUCUUCUACCGCAGUAACGAAGACGGAUCAUUUACUAUCUGCCAUAAGACAGAGGUGGUGAAGAACACUCUGGACCCAGUGUGGCAGGCCUUCAAGAUCCCUGUCAAGGCCCUGUGCAACGGAGACUAUGACAGGAGCAUAAAAGUGGAGGUGUAUGAUUGGGACCGAGAUGGAGGCCAUGACUUCAUUGGGGAAUUCAAUACCAGCUACAGAGAGAUGUCAAGAGGCCAGUCACAGUUUCACAGCUACGAGGUGGUAAAUCCAAAGAAGAAAGGCAAGAAGAAGAAGAAAUACCUCAACUCAGGAACAGUUACCCUUCUGUCCUGUCUGGUGGACAUGGAACUUACCUUCCUGGAUUACAUUAAAGGAGGGACUCAGAUUAGUUUCACAGUGGCAAUUGAUUUCACAGCAUCAAAUGGCAACCCCUCCCAGCCCACCUCUCUACACUACAUGAGUCCGUACCAGCUGAAUGCCUAUGCCAUGGCUCUGAGAGCUGUAGGGGAGAUUAUCCAGGACUACGACAGUGACAAGAUGUUCCCUGCACUGGGCUUCGGAGCCAAACUGCCCCCAGACGGACGGGUCUCGCACGAGUUCGCUCUGAAUGGGAACCCCCAGAAUCCGUACUGCAGUGGGAUAGAGGGGGUGAUGGAGGCUUACUACCAAAGCCUUAAGUCUGUUCGACUCUAUGGCCCCACACAUUUCUCACCUGUCAUUAACCACGUGGCCAGGUAUGCGCAAUCAGUCAAAGACGGCUCCCAGUACUUCAUCCUCCUCAUCAUCUCGGACGGCGUCAUCACCGACAUGGCCCAGACCAAGGAGUCCAUCGUGAACGCAGCUACUUUGCCCAUGUCGAUUAUAAUUGUCGGAGUUGGACCAGCAGAAUUCAAUGAAAUGAUUGAGCUUGAUGGAGAUGAAGAGAGGAUCUCAUCCCAAGGGAGGUUCGCUGAGAGAGACAUUGUUCAGUUUGUUCCGUUCCGUGACUACAUCGACCGCAGGGGGAACCACAUUCUGAGCAUGGCCCGUCUGGCCAAGGAGGUCCUGGCUGAGAUCCCUGACCAGUUCCUCUCCUACAUGAGAACCAGGUGCAUCAAACCAGGCCUCUGCCCCCCUGUCUACAACCCCGACCUCGCCGUGCACCCCCUCCUCACCCGACGGGUCAGCCGAAUCUGAGGGGUAAGCCUCCUCCGGGCCUCUUCCUUUCUUGCUUCUUCUUCCUCACUGGAGUUUGACGAUGGCGGUCCGAAGAAGCCAACCGCCAUUUCCACUCUCUUGUUGCACUUUUGUGAAUUCUGAAAUCCUCUCUGCAGAAUGGACAGCAAGGCAUUUUGUUUUUAUUUAAAGUGUCCCUCAGGAAGGACUUCCCAUGAGAUGUCAGAGGCCACAGUUUACUGGUCUGACCCAGGAAGUGGGUGAGUGCCUAGAACUGACCAACCAGGAGCAGCAUCCAAUCUGUGAAGAACCGUUCAGAAGUACAUUUCUGUCUCUUAUUUCUAUGCCCUACUCUUCCUCUCAACCCCACUUCUGUCUCACCAACGGUCUCUUUCUAAAUGUUUACAAAGUUGAGGAUGAAGCGGAGAUUUUGUACUCGUGGAUAUACAGUUGAAGUCGGACUUUUACAUACACUUAGGUUGGAGUCAUUAAAACUCGUUUUACAACCACUCGACAAAUUUCUUGUCAACAAACUAUAGUUUUGGCAAGUCGGUUAGGACAUCUACUUUGUGCAUGACACAAGUAAUUUUUCUAACAAUUGUUUACAGACAGAUUAUUUCACUUAUAAUUCACUGUAUCACAAUUCCAGUAGGUCAGAAGUUUACAUACACUAAGUUGACUGUGCCUUUAAACAGCUUGGAAAAUUUCAGAAAAUUAUGUCAUAGCUUUAGAAGCUUCUGAUAGGCGAAUUGACAUAAUUUUUUUGUCAAUUGGAGGUGUACCUGUGGAUGUAUUUCAAGGCCUACCUUCAAACUCAGUGCCUCUUUGCUUGACAUCAAAAGAAAUCAGCCAAGACCUCAGAAAAAAAAUUGUAGACCUCCACAAGUCUGGUUCAUCCAUGGGAGCAAUUUCCAAGUGCCUGAAGGUACCACGUUCAUCUGUACAAACAAUAGUACGCAAGUAUAAACACCAUGGGACCACGCAGCCGACAUACCUCUACUUUGGUGCGAAAAGUGCAAAUCAAUCCCAGAACAACAGCAAAGGACCUUGUGAAGAUGCUGGAGGAAACAGGUAAAAAAAUAUCUAUAUCCACAGUAAAACAAGUCUUAUAUCGACAUAACCUGAAAGGCCUCUCAGCAAGGAAGAAGCCACUGCUCCAAAACCGCCAUAAAAAAGCCAGACUACGGUUUGCAACUGCACAUAGGGACAAAUAUCGUACUUUUUGGAGAAAUGUCCUCUGGUCUGAUGAAACAAAAAUAGAACUGUUUGGCCAUCUCAAGACAUCAGUCAGGAAGUUAAAGCUUGGUCGCAAAUGGGUCUUCCAAAUGGACAAUGACCCCAAGCAUACUUCCAAAGUUGUGGCAAAAUGGCUUAAGGACAACAAAGUCAAGGUAUUGGAGUGGCCAUCACAAAGCCCUGACCUCAAUCCCAUAGAAAAUUUGUGGGCAGAACUGAAAAAGCGUGUGCGAGAAAGGAGGCCUACAAACCUGACUCGGUUACACUAGCUCUGUCAGGAGGAAUGGGACAACAUUCACCCAACUUAUUGUGGGAAGCUUGUGGAAGGCUAUCCGAAACGUUUGACCCAAGUUAAACAAUUUAAAGGCAAUGCUACCAAAUACUAAUUGAGUAUAUGUAAACUUCUGACCCACUGGGAAUGUGAUGAAAGAAAUAAAAGCUGAAAUAAAUCAUUCUCUCUACUAUUAUUCUGACAUUUCACAGUCGUAAAAUAAAGUGGUGAUCCUAACUGACCUAAGACAGGGAAUUAUUUACGAGGAUUAAACGUCAGGAAUUGUGAAAAACUGAGUUUAAAAUGUAUUUGGCUAAAGUGUAUGUAAACUUCCGACCUCAACUGUAUUUGUAUAUUUCUUUGUUUGUACUCCAGAUGCACUCUGUCUCUGGUUGUAGCGAUGACAAUGAUUAUGAUGAUGUUGACCACAAUUGUACAAAGAGCCCAGGAGCCACAUCCCAUGUGUGGUGUGUUUUUUUUUUUUAAACGGAGCAUGUUCUAUAUCUAGUAGAGGGGUAUGCAUGCCGAGUGAAUCCUGCACUCAGGGCCUCCUACCCCCUUUCAGACAGGACCUUCACCAUCUAUAAUCUUCCCACUCGCUACCUUACUUACACUCUGUUGUCUGCCUGCCUUGACUCACAAGGGGACUCCUUGGUCCUGUCAUAUACAGCAGGGACUCAACCAGCCUUACUCUCUCUCUCUCUCUGCACAACAAAUGGUACUCUUUUCCUUACAUAGGGUGCACUAAAAGUCGUGCACUAUGGGCCCUGGUCAAAAGUAAUGCAUUGUAUAGAGAGUAGUGUCAUUUGGGACACAGCCUCUAUCUGUCGGUUACAUUCACAGUUGCCAUUCUCAUAAGGAUUUUGGACUAAUGGAAUCUUCAUCCAUGCCCAGGAAUCAAAAACGCACAUACCAGUGAGUUACACCACUUCCACGGGCGUCCUCUGACUCGUCUUACUUUUGUCAAGUUUGAAGCGCGUGAGAAAAUGUUGUUUGUAUUUUCAGAAGGGUUCUCUCUUUUGUUUCUACCUCUCACUUUGCGGUAUGCCGCUAAACCCUGUGUAUGUAUGUUUUGGAAAGGCAGGAUGUACAGUAAAAGAAAGAUUUUCAGUAAAAAAGCAAGAAAUAUUUCAGUCAACCUUUUGGUUUAUAGCCUUUGUCUGUCACAAAGUGAAAUUACGUUUUACAUUUACGUUCAACAUUUUACUCGUCUAUAUUUAGAACAUACAGUACAAAAUUUGGACACAGCUACUCAUUUAAGGGUUUUUCUUUAUUUUCACUAUUUCCUACAUUGUGGCAUAAUAGUGAAGACAUCAAAACUAUGAAAUAACACACAUGUAGUGUGUGUUUUUUGUAGUAACCAAAAAAGUGUUUAAAAAAUCUAGAUAUAUUUUGUAUUUGAGAUUCCUCAAAGUAGCCACCCUUUUCCUCGAUGACAGCUUUGCACACUCUUGGUAUUCUCUCAACCAGCUUCAUGAGGAAUGCUUUUCAAACUGUCUUGAAGGAGUUCCCACAUAUGCUGAGCACUUGUUGCUUGCUUUUCCUUCACUCUGCGGUCUAACUCACCCCAAACCAUCUCAAUUGGGUUGAGGUCGGGUGAAUUGUAGAGGCCAGGUCAUCUGAUACAGUACUCCAUCACUCUUUUUCUUGGUCAAAUAGCCCUUACGCAGCCUGGAGUUGUGUUGGGUCAUUGUCUUGUUGAAACAAAUCAUAGUACCACUAAGCGCAAACCAGAUGGUAUGGUGUAUUACUGCAGAAUGCUGUGGUAGCCAUGCUGGUUAAGUGUAUUUUAUUUGUUUAACACUUUUUUGGGUACCACAUGAUUCCAUAUGUGUUAUUUCAUCAUUUGGAUGUUUUCACAAUUAUUCUACAAUGUAGAAAAGAGUAAAAAAUAAAGAAAAACCCUUGAAUGUGUAGGUGUGUCCAAACGUUUGACUGGUACUGUAUGUAUUAAUGUAUUCAAAGGAGGGGCAGAGGGUAUAGGAAGGGAGCAUACGAUAAAAAUGUCUUAUAUUCCCCCACUAUUGAACAGUCUAUGGAAUAGUCUAGAGAUAAACAACUAUAACAGCCACUCUUCAGCUUUAUAUCGGAAUAUCACUUCACUCCCACUUGGUUUUAACCAUCCAUUUCAGUCAACUUUAGAUCUAUAUUCAUGAUGUAGAUACUGUAUGAAAUUGGGGAAAUAAAGACAUUUCAGGCUAAUUUUCAGGAGUUUGCCCUCAGGAAAGGGAAAUAGAAGCUAAUCUCAGAGUAUGUCCGACCGGCGAGUGGGGAAUCACAUUUAACACACAGUGAACAAUAGCAGGAUUUCAAAGUGGGCUUUGUGGGGGUGGGUUUGUCACUUGCGCUCGCACACUGCUGUAUGUGUGAAACCAAACAGACUGUCUCUUCAAGUCUAUGAAAAUGUAUGAGUAUAUUAUUGGAACAGAACACUAAAAGUGUUCGCAUGGCGAACAAACAAACCAGACACGUCUUGUGGAUAAAAAAACAGCUUAAAUGAAGAAUACACGGCCUCCUCCCACAGACAAUGAUGUGAUGUGCGUCCGUUUCACUUUGCCAAGUGACUGCACAGCUGAAACAGAACGUUCCAUGACGUUCCCUGAAGGUUCUCCUUUUCUUUUUCCACAACGUUCUGGGAACCAAAAUGUGUUAGCUGUAACAGAACGCCUCAGAAAGCCCAUGUAUUCUAAUACACAUUACCUUUGUUUACUUAUGAUACUCGUGAUUUAUAAUUGAACGCUUGUGAUAAUAAUACUAUCCUGCUGUUUUUACAGUAGACAAUAGCAUGCAUCAUGUUUAACAGUAGAUAAUAGCAUGCAUCAUGUUUUGCAUGGAUCAUUUUCUACAAAGGAGAUGCACCGGUAUAUUGUAUAUUAUGACAUUAUUACGUGUAUUCAGAAAUACUAUUCAAACAUUGCCUUAAAAUCUCACUGAACUCUUGGAAUUGUGCAAUGCCUUCAGAUAAAGUGUUUACUGACUGAUUAUCAA